UUCAGCGGAGGCUGUGGAACUGUUCUUCCUUGGCUCCUGCUACGUGAGGUCAGCUAUGGAACAUGCUCAAGAAAAUGAAGCAUGUCUUGAGCAAACCCAGAGGUAUUGUGUGGAGAGACCAAUAUAUAACCAAGAGCUCUUACAAGGACAGCUGCACAGACGAGAAAGAACACCUCAGACUUUAAGGCAGAAGAUUGCACAUUCUUGUCGUUGUUCUUCUAAGAAAGCCAAGUCUCAUCUUUACAGUUUCUUACCAAUCUUAAAAUGGCUUCCCCGUUACCCAGUGAAGGAGUACUUAUUAGGAGACAUUAUCUCAGGUAUAAGCACUGGGGUUAUGCAGCUUCCUCAAGGUUUAGCCUAUGCUUUGCUGGCAGCUGUUCCCCCAGUAUUUGGCCUAUAUUCUUCAUUUUAUCCUGUUUUUCUAUAUACUUUUUUUGGAACCUCCAAGCACAUAUCAAUAGGCACCUUUGCUGUGAUUAGUAUGAUGGUUGGCGGUGUUGUUGUGAGACAAGUACCUGAUGAAAUGAUUUCUGUAGGCUAUAAUUCUACUAAUGUUACAGAUUCCCUUGAAUACACCAAGAGGGUGCAGGUAGCUGUGACUCUCGCCUUUCUUUCAGGAAUUAUCCAGUUGUGUUUAGGUCUCCUUCGAUUUGGAUUUGUAGCCAUCUAUCUAACGGAGCCUCUGGUGCGAGGAUUUACUACUGCUGCUGCGGUUCAUGUCUUUACUUCUCAAUUAAAGUAUCUCCUUGGCAUUAAAACUAACCGAUACAGUGGACCCCUCUCAGUUGUAUAUAGCAUAGCUGCUGUGCUUUCAAAAAUAACGACGACCAAUAUUGCUGCAUUGAUUGUUGGAUUAACAUGUAUUGUUCUAUUGUUGAUUGGCAAGGAAAUCAAUCUCCGUUGUAAGAAGAAGCUCCCAGUUCCUAUUCCUAUGGAGAUCAUUGUGGUAAUUAUUGGCACAGGAGUUUCAGCUGGAAUGAAUCUGAAUGAGUCAUAUAGAGUGGAUGUUGUUGGGAAUAUUCCUCAAGGGUUACGUGCGCCAGCAGUUCCUGACAUUCAGCUCAUCCCAGCAAUAUUUGUGGAUGCAAUAGCAAUAGCAAUAGUUGGAUUUUCAAUGGCUGUAUCAAUGGCCAAGAUCUUUGCCCUUAAACAUGGUUACACCAUUGAUGGGAAUCAGGAACUUAUUGCCUUGGGAAUAUGCAACUCUGUGGGAUCAUUUUUCCAAAGCUUUUCAGUCACUUGCUCCAUGUCUCGGAGUCUCGUUCAGGAAAGCACUGGUGGGAAAACUCAGAUUGCAGGUGCACUCUCUUCAAUUAUGGUUCUGUUGGUAAUUGUGGCUAUCGGAUACCUCUUUGAACCACUUCCACAGACAGUGCUAGCUGCAAUUGUAAUGGUGAACCUGAAAGGAAUGUUUAAACAGUUUGGAGACAUCGCACACUUCUGGAGAACCAGUAAGAUUGAACUGGCCAUCUGGGUGGUAGCUUUUGUGGCUUCUCUUUUCCUGGGACUAGACUAUGGUUUGCUUACUGCAGUAGCAUUUGCAAUGAUAACCGUUAUUUACAGAACACAAAGCCCUCAAUACAGAAUCCUUGGUCACAUUCCUGACACUGACAUCUACUGCAAUGUGGAAGAAUAUGAAGAGGUUAAAGAAUAUCCUGGAAUAAAAGUAUUUCAAGCUAAUGCAUCACUUUAUUUUGCCAAUAGCGAGUCAUAUGCAAGUGCACUGAAGAAAAAGACUGGAGUGGACCCUUGUGCCAUAUUAGCAGCAAGGAGAAAAGCCCAGAAGAGGCAUGCCAGGGAAAUAAAGGCAGCAGAUGAACUCAAAAAGAAAGCUGUAUUGAAACUAGUGAGUUCUUUGACUAACGACAUGGAAGCAAGUGUAAAACAUGAGAUAGCAAAUGAUGAGUUACCUGUAAAUGGCAAAUUUGCACCUGCAGAUGCAAGUGUCCAGGACAUGUCUCCUGAUGAGCACGAACACUUUGUGGAGCCCAAAACAAACAUCCACUCUUUAAUUCUGGAUUUCACCCCGGUGAACUUUGUGGAUUCAGUCGGAGCAAAAACAUUAAAAUCGAUUAUAAAAGAAUACAAAGAAGUUGGUGUCUGUGUCUGUAUUGCCAGCUGUAGCGGCCCUGUUAUGAAUGAGCUGACAAGACUGAAUUUUUUUGAUAACACAGUAACAAGAGAGUUGCUGUUCCACAGUAUCCACGACGCUGUCCUUGCCUGCCAAGUGAGGGACAGCUCUGCUUCAUGGACUGACUUUCACCUCUGAAGGAUGGCAUCGUGUGGAACGGAAGCCAGAUUUAUGCUGAUAGAGACUCUUUCCGAAUACUUCAUUUGCACAGUUUAAAGAGAGCCUGAGGCUGUUUGGAUCUACGGGUACGGGGUGGUGCUUAUUUUCUGUAGGAAGAGUGGAUAAGGAAUUGGAAGCCUUCGUGCUCUUGAAUUUUUUUCCUUCAAUCAGGGUAUAGCCUUCCA